AUGUCUCUGGCAACUUUAGAUACAUCCCAGCACCCCAAUCUCCCCGCUUCCGCGGCCACCCUCUUCUCCGCCAAAGCAGCAAAGAAGUUGAGCUUCGAAAAAAUUGCGUCUCACAUCGGCCGCAAUGAGGUUGCCACUGCUGCCAUUUUCUAUGGCCAAGCCAAAGCUUCUGAUGAAGAUAUCGUGAAAUUGUCCGAGGUGCUCGGGAUUGACGUCUCCCUACUGGAGCAGCAGCUGGCUGGAUUCCCAGAUCGUGGUCGAUCAGUGGAGAUGCCACCAAAGGAACCUCUCAUCUAUCGUCUGUAUGAGAUUGUGCAGAACUAUGGCUAUGCCUAUAAGGCGGUGCUGAACGAGAAGUUUGGGGACGGCAUUAUGAGUGCGAUCUCGUUCUCGACGAAGGUCGAGAAGGAGACCGAUGCCGAUGGCAAUAACUGGGCAGUGAUCACUCUGCGCGGUAAAUGGUGA